AUGGGCCAGCGUGCGUGCACAUGUUGCCUGACGCGCGAAGCGGAGUUCCAAGAGCUACCACGGCUGCCACGUAUGCUUGAUGCACCCCGAGCACCGCAACAGAUGCAACCUGCGCCUACGCCUGGAUUGGCUACUGGCACUUGCGUGGUCUGUCGGGAGGUUGCAGCAAACACAAUGUGCCUUCCCUGCGGGCACUUGCUCAUAUGUUACAGAUGUUCACUCCGCUAUGCUUUGCCAAAUGGUUCCUUACAUCCAGAUGUGCGAUGUCCAACCUGUAAAGUCUCCGUCAAGAGCUUCCAGCGAGUAUUUCUCCAGACAGUAUCGACCAUGACGAGGCUCAAUGAGAUGGAGAGAGCACGGGACCUGCGGGACGUGUCUGCAAACAGUGGAGCUGUACCCAGCCGGCUUUCGUUUGCUUCCAGGCACAGAGCGCCCGUUCAUCAGACUUAA